AUGCUCUCAUCACUCUCUUCAAGCCUCGCAAAUGCGCGGCAAUCAAUUGCGCAGGCGCUGAAUUUUGCCCUUGUACUCUCUACAGCUUUCAUGCUAUGGAAGGGUCUUUCUGUUGCCUCGGCUUCCAGCUCGCCGAUCGUGGUCGUGCUGUCCGGGUCGAUGGAGCCAGCAUUCCAGCGUGGUGACCUGCUCUUCCUCUGGAACCGAAGCCCGCGCACAGAAGUUGGCGAAAUUGUGGUUUACAAUGUCCGCGGCAAGGACAUCCCCAUCGUGCACCGAGUGGUGCGAACAUACCCCGAAGUUGAGGGCAAGGCCAAGAAGGUGAAGGAAAUCACAGUAAAUUCGACACCUAAUUCGCACAUGCUUCUGACCAAGGGCGACAACAAUCUUGCCGAUGAUACGGAGCUAUAUGCUCGAGGCCAAGACCACCUCAGCCGUGAGGAGGACAUUGUGGGCAGUGUGCGUGGAUACAUUCCGAUGGUGGGUUACGUUACUAUUAUGCUCAGUGAGCACCCAUGGCUCAAAACAGUUCUUCUCGGUAUCAUGGGAUUGAUGGUCAUGCUCCAGAGGGAGUAG